GUCUCAAGGAUACCCAUUGCUCUGUAUUUCGGCAAUCUGCCUAUCUGAUGUCAUACCUCAUCUGAAAAGCCUUCUGGAUCUUACAUGGUCUAGACUUUGGGUUUCCAUGAAAGCAACAGGGCUAGUAAAACCUGGAAUUUGGUUAGCUGGAGCCUUUUCUCCGCCCUGUACCUGAAAUAAACAAAACUGAAAAUUUCCAGCUAAUAUUCUAACGUGACGGCUUUCUUAAUCCCUUUUGCUGAUGGAAUUUUGCUGAAUACUUCCUGUCUUAUAUUACUUAGAUAUUGGCCAUGAUUGGUGGACGGCCUAGGACCAGUCUGGUGCUGGGUACGGUGCUUUUUGCGUGUAUUCUCCUUACAUAUCUGGGCUCUGGGUCCGCUCGAAAUCAAUGGGGCUCGACUCCGAGUCCCGUGAAAUGGACCUCGUCACCGGCAAGCCAAGAUAAAUCGGAUGUAUUCAAUAGAACGCUUGGCUUUGAGAAGGUCUUCGUCAUAGGGCUCCCCGAGCGUUCGGAUAAGCGCGAUGCGUUAACUCUAAUGUCUUCCCUCACUGGAUUCAGGUUAAGUUGGAUUGACGGCGUUGCUGGUAACACCAUCCCAAACAAGGCUCUGCCCUUCGGGUGGGAUCGAGAAACGAUGCGGGAUAGUAACCUAGGUUCCUGGCGCGGCCACGUAAACGCGAUGCGACGCAUAAUCGAAGAUGGAAUAUCGUCGGCGCUGAUUAUGGAGGAUGAUAUGGACUGGGAUGUCAAUGUUAAAGAACAACUAGCCCAGUUCGCGGCUGCGGCUCGUUCCUUGCAGUCCGGAUUCCACCGAAACCAGACGCUAGAAUCGCCAAGCCCGUACGGUCAAGAUUGGGAUAUGCUGUGGCUAGGUUCAUGUGUAACAACGUUUGAUGAAGACCUCCCCGAAGACCUCCAGAUCUCGUCCGAGGAGCGCGACUUCCGUAAGGUCUUCGUCUACAAUGACCCGACGGUACCACCACCGGGGCAUAUUCUAGGCAACGGCUCCUUCAGUUGGGACGAUUAUCCCCCGCACACCCGAAUAGUAUAUGUGCCUGGCGAUAAUGUGUGCAGCUUCGCAUACGCGCUAAGUGCAGCUGGAGCGCAAAAGGCGCUGCAACAUAUGGGACUCGAGGGACAGCGUAAACCCUUUGAUAACCACCUCAGUGAUUUAUGCCGUUUGCGCAUUAACGGUAUGCGGUGCGUGAGCAUAGUGCCUAGUUUAUUCGUGCAUCACCGACCGAAGGGCAAGAUCAGCGGCGACUCGGACAUUAAUAAGGGAAGUGAGAAUGAAGAGAUGCGUGAGGUGGGAUUCACGGAGAACAUAUUAUAUAGCACGCGGUUGAACUUGAAAAAUUUGGUUAGAGGGUUGGAGCCAGAGAAGCAAUGGCUAGAUUGAUAUUUGAGCAUAUAAAUGCAUGGCGUCGGCGUAUAUAUAGGAGUAGGAUACUCGGCACACACAUUCAGCGGAGGCAUUUAAUGUUUUUAAGGGUUUUAAGGAUAGAGUUUACGAAUAUGGCCCUUGCUUCAAGGCACGACGAUAAAUAUGAGUUGUAAUUGUACGUUUGUUACUAUCACAACUUGUAAGUCCAGUUUAGCGGUGUUGAAGCCCUGGAAGAGCUGGGUCCCGUAUGGCUUCAACAUCCCUAAUAAUAUAACUUCUAACUCAGCCAAGUUCUAAAUAAUGCAUCCCACUUUCUCUAUCGAUAAGAUAUGAGGACUGGAUACCUAUAAUUUUGAUUCCAAAAUACGACGACCACUCCGAAUAACAGCACACGCAACAUACCGACAUAGGUAUUUUAUA